GUUUAUAAAGAGCCACGGCUCCACUAUAAAAGUCUGCGGUSUCUCUCAGCCCCUCCAUCCCGACUGACCACCCUGAUCUGCAGCACCAGCUCUCUGAGCACAAUGGUUAGGCUUGUUUGGAUGCUCUUUGGCAUCCAGGUGCUUUGCUCCUGCACUGCUGCCCCUCCUGCCCGAGGAGCUGGGGCUGCACUGCUCUCCCCCCGCUGUGAUGACGCUGCAGUGGUGGAGGCUGCAGACAUGGCUCUCCGCCAGAUCAAUGCUGACCGAGAAGAGGGCUAUGUACUCAGUCUCUACCGAAUUGUCAGUGCCCGAGAGCAACUGCAGGAGAUCACUGGUUCUGUCUUCUAUCUCAUCUUGGAUGUAGUAGAUACUGAAUGCCAUGUACUCAGCAAAAAGUUGUGGAAGAAAUGUAACCCCAGACCUGCUGAUUCAACUGUUUACGGUCGAUGCAAAGCAAUUAUCUACACUAAUCAGGCAAGAAAUAUUGCUCAUCUGAAUACUUAUGAGUGCACUUUGCAACCAGUUCCACCCAAAUAUAUUUGGUCAAUAUGUCCUGACUGCCCAGUUGAUGACAACCCAACUAAGCCUGAAUAUUUGGAGACAGCUGUCCGAAGUCUUGCCAAGUUCAAUGAAGAGAGUAAUCAAACUCAUUACUUCUCUGUCCUUAAUGUCACAAGAGCUUCAAUGCAGUGGGUUGUUGGUCCUGCAUAUUUUGUGGAGUUUUUAAUUCAGGAGACAUCUUGCUCCAAAAAUGACACAGUUGCUGACAUUUCCAGGUGUGAGCCACUUCCACCAGGAGUAGGUCAAAUCGGCUUCUGCAAAGGCUCUGUAGUAAACAGUCACAAGGAACAGUUUGUCACAAUAUCCUGUGAAAUCUACAGUCAGCAGGAUCCUGCCCCUGAAAAGGAAAACCAGGAAGCUAAUCAGACACCUGGAAAACCCAGGCACGAUCAACAAGCUUCCACUUCAGAUGCCGAUCCUUUCUCCCCACACCUGGAAAAAACAGUGGGCUGGGUUAAAAUUCUACCCCCUUCAAAUGAGGACAUCACUUUCUAUAGCCUACGAGAAAGUCAAAACAAACUUAAAGACAGAAAGCCAGUUCCACCUAAGGCUGUAGGAUCUACACCCAGUCUUGAUAGAAAAAAGACUCAAGUAAACAAACUGGACUUGACCAAACCAAUCRCUGGACCAGUUAUUCUCCCUUUUCCUGAAGAACUUUCUCUAUCAGAKUCAUGCCCAGGAGAAGCAAAGCAGAUGGAGGGCAUCCUCUAUCCUUUGAUAACUAGAAACCCUACCACAGUCUAGCCAGCAUCAAGCAUCUCAACUAUCUGCAACAAAAUAGAAGCCAAAAUGGCAACAUGGUUUUCAAUUUGUGUAACAUCGUCAAAUAAAUAAAUUGUUUAUUACAGUCUUCA